AUGGAUACAGCAUCAAUAUCAUCAACAUCAUCAAAUUCAAAAUCAUCAAAAGAACAAAUUAAAUACACAUUUACAGAUUUUGAUAAUGAUAUAAAGAAUGAAAUUAAUGAACUUUAUUCAUAUUCAGAGUUAUCAAUAUUAAAGAAAUCUAAUAUAUCGAAUCAAUUCUAUCAUGAUUUACACGAAUAUACUUCAAAAAAUAAAUGGAGAGAUUUAACAGAUAUUGAAAAAAUAGAUUAUCUUCAACAUUUAAUUGGAUUCUUUGAAUUAUCAAUGAAAGGACAAGAUAAUUAUAAUAGAUAUUUAUUAAAAUCUAGAUUCAUAUGGUAUAUAGCGCAAGGUGUAAGAGAUGAAACACAUGAUAGAAAAGAUCAACUACAUCAAUCAAAAUUAAAUUGUAUAUUAUUAAGAGAAAUUAAUGCAUUACCAAUAAUUUUAAAAACUUUAGUAUUAUCUUCUCAAAUUUCAAAUGAAACAUUAAGAAAUCAACAACAACAGCAACAGCAGCAACAGCAGCAACAGCAACAACAACAACAACAACAACAGCAACAAAAUGAAAAUGAGGGUAGUGGAGAAGGAGGAACAAAUUUUACAACAACAACGACGACAACAACAACAACAACAACAGCUAAUACAUUCAUAAGUCAUGGUAAAAGGAAUAAUAUAAUAAAGAACAAUAGUGGAAGUGUUAGUGGUGUAAUUAAAAAUAUAAAUUCAAAUGGUACACUAUCAUCAUCAAUGAAAGUAAAUGUAAAAAGAGCUGACCUUUUAAUGAGCAUAUUAUUAGAUAUCAUCUAUUUAAUCAUUAUAAAUAAUAAAGAUGAUGAAUUAUUUAAAGAAGAAAUUUUUGAAUCAUUAGAAGGAUGUAAUAAUAAUAAUAAUAAUAAUAAUAAUUAUAAUAAUAAUAUUUUAGGUAAAAAUAAUAAUAAUGGUACAAAUUGUGAUAAUCCAAAUUUAAUAUCAAUUAUACUUCAAUUAUUAAGUGAAUUUAAUGAAAUUGAUGGUAAUUUAUAUCCAAUUAAAAAGAUAUUAAUGGUACUUUGGAAAUCAUUAACCAUUUUUAUGGGUGGAUUAGAGGAUUUGGAUAGAUUGAAACAAGAGAGAUUGGAUAAUGUUGGUUACAAAAAAGGUACUCCAAAAACUAGGUCCUAUGAUAUUUCAAAUUUCAUUAAAUCAACACAACGUUAUCAUAGUCAAUUAAAAUCAAAUUCAGUUUUACAUAAAGUGAACACUCAUUAUUUAGGUACACCCAAAGAGUAUAAAGAUGUUGAUGUAUUUAGGUUACCUUUAUCCCUAUCGGAUUCAUUAUCAGUCUUACAAACUAAUCUAUAUCCACCUGAAAAAGUUAGAAAAGAAAUUGGCAUCAAUUAUUAUAGUUUUAAUAAUAAUGAUACAAUUACACCUCAUACUCAAUCUGAUUAUUUCUAUAAUACUAGUAAUAUUUCUUCAUCAAAAAAACAAAUUAAACCUAGAAUUUUAAUUGAUAAUCCUUCAAAUUUUGAAAGAUUUUAUUGUAUGAAUGUAUCAAACUUUUCAAAAAUUGUAAUUAUAUUAUUAAAGAUAUUAUUAGCAGCAACACCUGUUGUAAAGAAUUAUACGGGACCAAUUAAUUUAAUUGCAGAGAUUGUAAUAGAUCAAUCAUCACCAGGUUCUUCUGCAUCUUUAGUUGAAACUAUGCAAUCUGCUAUUGACUUUUUAAGACAUAAAGAAAUCAUUUCAAAAUCAACACUUGGUAUAUUAUUAUUAAUUAUUAAACAUUCUAAAUUUAAUCAACAUUUACAAUUUGAAUAUUUAUCAAAGAUUAUGUAUGAAUCAAAUGCAUUGGUUUUAUUAUAUAAAUGUUUAAAUCAUGAAUCAGUUGAAAAGUAUUUAUUUUCACAAAAUUAUUUAAAUAGUGAAGAGUAUUUCAAUGAAGAAUCAUUACCAUCAUCAUCUGCAGCAUCACCACCACCACCACCAAUAUUUCAACCAUUAAAUUGUAGUGGUAGUAGUAUCAAUAGUAUUAGUAGUGGUGGUGCAGGUUGUGAAGGUGGUGGUGCUAAUCCACCACCAGUGCAAUUAUUUGAAAAUUAUAAAAAUUUAUUUAGUACAAUAACAAGUUUAAAAUUAAUUCAAAAAGUUAUGAAACAUCAUCCAUCAAGAAUUUCUUCUUUAUCUGCUUCAAAAUCUGCUAAUAUUUUAAAAAAAUAUUGUUCAAUUAAUCAUCCAAUGAUUAGAUUAUAUAGUUUAAAAGUUAUAAAGAAUUUAGUACCAUAUCAAACAAAGAAAUGGAAACAAAUUAAUAUGAGAAUUAUAUCAGAUAUUUAUUUAGAAGUACCAAUUCAUAUUAAUGAUAAUUGGUUAUUUAGUCAUAAUAGUGCAAUCAAUAAUAAUAAUAAUAAUAGUAACAAUAACAAUAAUAAUAAUAAUAAUAAUAGUACAAAUAAUGAUAAUGGUUUAACUGAUGAACAUGAAGUUACACUUCAAGAGAAAGUUGAAGAAUAUCAUAGAGUAAAUUAUGAACAAUGGUAUACAAAUGAUGGUUUAGAUAUGUGUUAUAAAAAUGAUCAUUCAAUGGGUAUUGGUAUUUUUGAUGACUUAUUAAAUUCAUUACAAUUAACAACAGAAGAAAAACAAGCUAUAGAAAAUGAUAGAUUAGCUUACAUUGACAAAGAUGAAGGUUCCUCAUUAAUCUUUAUGAAUGAUGCUUUAGAAGAUGAAUUAUUAUUUAAUAAAUGGAAUAUCCAAAAACCAAAAUUUUAA